UCACCGACCGCCGUUCACCCCCGCGCGACCUCUCGCCGUCGGACUCGUUGGGUCGCCUAGCUAGCCAUCCAGCCAGCCAGCCAGCCAGCCAACCAGCCAGCCAGCCAGCCAGCCAGCCAACAGUCGAAAUCAGCUGACGGCAAGCAGUUGCUACCACGGCUCCUCAAACGUGAAACCGUUCAGACAUUGGACGAUAACAGAAUGUUGGGCAACUUUGUCGGUUACUUGUUCGGAAGUAACUACUCUGGCACGCAAGAUUCGCUUGAGGAAGAUCCUCGAACUCGGGGGAUAAUGCGGAGAUUCAGGCAAGUGGAAGUCGAGGACGAUGAAUGGAUCCUCAUUGACCGAACUGUUGAGGGUACGCUGGAGGAGCCGUGGUAUGAAAUGCCACCCGCAGUGUUCACGCAAGAAGGGCCCGUAAAAGUGACAACCUCGCCCAUGGAAAAUUUGCUGAUAGAACAUCCUAGCAUGUCCGUCUAUUCUGUCGUGUCAGGGAUGACCUCUCCCCCCGUUGCACCGGACACUCCACCUCCCUCACCGGACGGAUGGACAGAGAGUCAAAAGAAUGUUACUGUCUUAUAUAAUGCUGAUGUUCUUCAAGAAAUCCCCGCGGCACCGCCAGCUGAUUUCUCGUCCUCCACGUCCACAUUGUGCACCAUGUCCACAUCUUUAGAUAGCAGUUCAGACCGAAGUAACAUUGAUGAACUCUCGCGCAGAGUUGUCGCAGAAUUGCAAGCCAUCUAUAGCGACAAACUACCUGCGUCUGAUAGCAAUAACAACCGAGCUAGAAUCGGAAAUCAACUUCGUUCUGCUCAGGAACGAGCUCAAGAGGUGCUAAAGAAGCGCACGACUCAGAACCUGAAGAAAGCCCGUCUAGAAAGAAACAAUAAAGCACGCCAGACAAAAGGCAAGCGACUUCGUCGCCAAGACCGUUUACGUGUUCGUCACAGUGGCGCUAAUAACAAUCGAAAAUGCUAGUCAUCUGAUCUCAGGCCAAAAUGUACUUAAGCUUCUUCCUAAAAUGACCAACGCUACGAUAAAUAGUUACUUGGUAAAAUUUCGUUGCAAUGAUGAAAAUAGCGAUAUAUUUAUAAGAAUUGUGUAAGUCCAGUAAGCACAUGUUAGCGUGUUAGCAAUGCUAGCAGUUUGCCAAUAGAUUCGAGCGACAAAUCAGCAUCGAGGUCAUGGUCUGUCAACAGAUCGCCAGUAAAACCAGAGUAGAAAUUGUGAUUUCGCGAACCAUUUAAAUAAAAUGUAUUAUUUAAAUAACUCAAGUGCUACAUUUUAUUUCUGUUUGGUUUUGACAUGCCAUCGUUCUAUUAAAUUAGCACAUUCUGUCCUUAGAAACAGAAAGAAACAAACAUGAAAGUAGCAACUGGCAUUCUGUCGACGAAAUCUAUAGCUGAUACUUUGUAUAAUUUAUUUUCGAUAGAUACUUGAGAAAUUUAUUCAUUACAAGAAAGAACGUAUGGCUCUAGACACCUUCAAGCAGGAGUUUGAUAAUUGCUAUAUUUUGUAUCAAAUAUAGUACCAAUAGUUAAACAAUAUUGGCAAGCAGAACUUAUUAAUAGACAAAAUGAUUGAUUACAGUGAUUGCACUAUUCGACGAAAAGUAACUUCUUUCAAACAUCAAAUUGAGAGGAAUUGUUUUUUAAACGCUUAAUAUGAACAACCUUAAUUGCAAAUUUCUCAAAAGUAUGGCAUGUGAUGGAGCAAUUUGGUAAACGCGAUUAUAUUAUAUAUUGCUUGAGAACUACGGGAAAUGAUUUUUGUUCUCCUGUAUUGUUUAGUGUUGGAACAAUUCAUGGUUGUAAUAAUUCAAACCAAUGCUAAAUAAUUUUAAUGAGAUAAUUUUAAUGUUUUCUGUAAAUUAUGAAAAUAAAACAUAAGCAAGUUUCAAUUAAUCUAGUUCUAUGAGUUAAGCUAAUAGACAUUAAAGUCGAAAACAAUCUACUUUUUGCUCGAAGGUCUCUAGUUCUGUUUUAACUCAUAAAAUAAGGAUUUUAUCAUUAAUUUAUAAUCGGAAUAUUUAUUAUUAAAUAUCUCACGACACACGUUAAAAACGUUUUUUAAAACUGACUUUCCGAACUGAAAUAUGUUUGUUAAUUGUUAAUACCAAUGUUAUAUAUUGCAUUAUACAUAUAAUAAACAGAAUAUCCCCUGUCUAAAGAGAAAAACAGACAGAUAUCUUGAAAAUAAAUUAAUUUUGCGUGAAAACAGCUUAUAUAAAAAUCGUUUAGUUUUGCGAAAAACAUUUUAUGGAUUUAAUAGUAUUAAUUUAUGACAUAUUUCGUUUUAGCAUUCUAUUUAUAUUAUAUAGAUCUAUUAUAAAAACGAGUAAUUUUAGAACCUCGUAAUCUCUUUUUAUACACAAAAAAACAUACUCAUAAGAUGUGUAUCCCAAAAUCAAAUAUUUUUAUAUAAGCUGUUUUAAUGCAAAUAAAUUUCUUAAAGAUAUUUUUCUGUUUCCAUUAAAACACAAUGCACGUACGCGCGGAUAUACACACACUAUAUGCAUGCACACGUUCCCCAUACAGAGUGUGUAUGUGCGUGUGUCUGUGUGCGUGUGUGUGUGUUUCUGUGAGUGUGUGCGUAUUACAUUUAUACAUAUUAAUUAUUUAUAUAAAUAAAAACGAUGUAUGUGUAAAAGAAAAUUGAAUCACUUAUAAGGUGUGACAACUCGCAAUAAAUUGCUAAUCAGAGCAA